AUGGCGCCUAGAGGAAGAAGAAAGAAGGCUGGAUUGAUGCGGGAGGACGCAGCAAGAGAUGCCAUGAGAGCAUAUGGAUUUGAGGAGGGUGUUAUCAAGGUGUGUAUCAAGGAAUUGCUACAGUUGUAUGGCAAUACAGGAUGGUUUCUGAUUGAAGAGUUUAGUUACUCUGUGCUUCUUAAUAAAUGCCUUGAAAAGCAAGGAGAACAAGAGAAUAAUGUUGCUGAAGAGGAAGAAGAAAUGGCUGAGCAACAAAAUGAAGAGAUGGCUCAGGAAGAACAAAAUGAAGAGAUGGCUCGGGAAGAAGAAGAAGAAGAAGAAAAAGAAGAAAUGGCUCAGGAACAAAAUGAAGAGAUGGCUCAGGAAGAAGAAGAACCAAUGGCUCUGGAAGAAGAAGAAGAACAAAUGGCUCAGGAAGAAGAAGAAGAAGAAGAACCAAUGGCUCAGGAAGAAGAAGAAGAACCAAUGGCUCUGGAAGAAGAAGAAAAACCAAUGGCUCAGGAAGAAGAAGAAGAACCAAUGGCUCAGGAAGAAGAAGAGGAGCAGGAGCAGGAGCAGGAGCAGCAGGUUGAGGAUGAAAGAGACAAUGUGGGUAGCAACUCAACAUCUUUAGUGGGAUGUGGUGCGGAGGCAGGUACACAAACUUGCCAAGCUGAUGCAUCACCAGUAGCUGCUCAGUCAUCAAAUUCUACACACCGUUCUGUUGGAGGGGCCAGGAGUUCUGGAUGUGGAUGGCUAAGUGAUGAGGAGGAGACAGAUCCAGGUGAGGAUAGUGAGAAUGAGAUGAUCCAGCUGACUCCAGAACCACUAUGUGAAGAACUUCAAGAGCUUCUCAACGAAGUACAUGGAGAGAAGAAGAGGAAGAGACCCAUGCACGAGAUGAGCUCAUUUAACUAUCAUCACUGAAGUAAAGAAGCAGGACUAAAAGAGUAACUCUAGUAUUGGCAGUAAAAAACGGCUAAAGAACCCAUCUUUAUAUCUUUGUGUGGUGGUGUCUUCUUGAGCUAUUGGUUUAAAACUGAGUAGUAUUAGUUUGUGGUAUAACUUAUGCUAAACUCACAUAUCAGAAAAAUAAAAUAAAAAGUCUAUCCAAACUUAACUCUGUUUAAUUAAGGUUGAAGACCUUAUACACAUUCUUUCAUGUUUUAAG